AUGACCUCCGACAUAGGAACACCGUUGACAGAGAGCCGGGGAGUCACAGACAGCCUGCAGAGGUUCUUGUCGCUUCCCACGUAUCUCCCUGCAAGCCUUCACAUCGACAGAGCAGAGCAGUUCUUCUUCCUCAAGGAGGCCAACCAGGACCUUACGAGGAACUCCAGUCUGCAGACCCGGACUGAGUCCUUCUUUGUCCACCGCACCAGGACACCCCCUCUCGUCAACGCCAGCUACGGGCCCUUUGCAGUGGACAGGACGGUCCCCCAGGAGCUCAUGUUGGUGCCCACACCCUUUGCCAACUUGGAGAACUUUCCCUUCAACUGGAAGCUGAAAGCCCACAUCCUGGACAGCUCUAUCUAUUCCAAUAGACCCAAAGUGCAGACGUUAUUCUACGUCACUGGGAUGGACUGGGAUGCCGGAGAGCCUGCCAACAGCCUGCCCUGUGUCAAGAUGUUUGCGUUUCCUGAGGCCAGGGAGGUGGCAGCCAGCUGCCGGCUGCAGGGGAACCCAGGGCUGUGUGUGGCCGAACUGGAGCUGCUACCUGAGUGGUUCAGCUCAGGCCUGGACCUGGAGCCCGAGGAGGACGUCCCAGCCCUGCUGGGCGGCACCACCAUGGAGCUCUUCUUCGCCCUCUACCCAGCCGACAAGGUGGGGGGCUGCCCCCAGGAGGAGGACACCAAGUGGGAGAACAACAUCCACUCGGACCAGGAGGGCCCCCAGCCAGUGCUCCCCGCCCGGGAGAGGAUUGGGAGCGUUGUGGUGUACCCAACCCAAGACGACCUGAAGUGGUCACUGGUGAACCUGGACGAGAACGUGGUCAUCUCGGUGCCUCUGAACCUGAUCCACGAAGGGGAUGCGGCCACCUUCCUAGUCUCUCUGACUAGCAGCUCCACAGCAGACCAUUUCAGUCUCAGAAUUAAGGCGGCAGCAGGAGUGAAGAUUACGGCAGUCAGAGUCAGCAGCGAGGGCCAGUGGGCUGUCCAGGAGGAUGUGGAGAAUGGCAGCGAGCAGACCACGGCCACCCUCACCUGCGUGGGCCACCCCCCAGAAUCCCAGAGCAGGACCAAUGGCUCCUUCUACGAGAUCUUGCAGGUCGACUUUGGAGUAGACAACAGCAGUGGCCUGGCCGGGGCCCAGCACAUCACCUGGCAGGUGGAGUACCCGGUGGAGGACUCCAUGAGCGAGCUGGUGGUUUCUGAGAUUUUCAUCAGCCAGACCACCUUUAUUGGCAUCGUCCCUCUUGUGAUGGAUUCAGAGGUUUUGAACACGGCCAUUCUCACGGGAAAUGCGGUGUCGGUGCCUGUGAGAGUCGUGGGCGUUCAAGAAGACGGUUCGGUGGUUGAUGUAUUGGAGUCUUUGGAAUGCAAGUCAGCUGAUGAAGAUGUCAUAAAGGUUUCCAACAACUGUGAUUCAAUUUUUGUGAAUGGGAAGGAGAUGAAGAGCAGAGUGGACACGAUUGUGAACUUUACCCACCAGCACUUCACCUCACAGUUAGAAGUCACCGUUUGGGUGCCCAGACUCCCCCUGCAGAUUGAGAUCUCGGACACGGAGCUGAGCCAGAUCAAGGGCUGGCGGAUCCCCGUGGCCCCCAACAGAAGGCCCACCCGGGAGAGUGAUGACGAGGAAGAUGAGGACAAGAAAGGCAGAGGCUGCUCCCUCCAGUACCAGCACGCCACGGUCCGGGUCCUGACCCAGUUCGUGGCAGAGGCGCCUGAGGUGGGUCAGCUGACCUACAUGCUGGGCCCUGACUGGCAGUUUGACAUCACAGACCUUGUGACUGAGUUCAUGAAGGUGGAGGAGCCCAAAAUCGCCAAGUUACAGGAUGGCAGGACCCUGGUUGGCCGGGAGCCUGGAAUAACCACUGUGCAGGUCCUCUCGCCUCUCUCUGACUCCAUCCUGGCUGAGAAGACAGUGAUUGUCCUGGAUGACCGCGUCACCAUCGCAGAUCUGGGCGUGCAGCUGGUGGCUGGCUUGUCUCUCUCGCUGCAGCCUCACAGAGCAGACAGGAGAGCCAUCGUGUCAACAGUGGCUGCCAGGGAUGUUCUACAAGCUCCACAGCAGGAAGCAAUAGUCAGUUCUUGGAUUUUGUUCAGUGAUGGCUCGGUGACACCUUUAGACAUUUAUGAUCCCAAGGAUUUCUCAGUCACUGUCUCCUCAUUGGAUGAAAUGGUGGUGUCCGUCCAGCCAAACCUUCAGUCGAAAUGGCCAGUUGUAGUUGCAGAGGGCGAAGGGCAAGGAUCCUUGAUUAAGUUAGAAAUGAUGAUAAGUGAACCUUGUCAGAAGACCAAGAGAAAGAGUGUUCUCGCUGUGGGUAAAGGAAGUGUCAAGGUCAAAUUUGAACCAAAUCUUAAUGAGCACCGAGGAGGUACCAAUGAUAUUGAGGGCAUAAAUCGAGAAUAUAGAAACCACCUGAGUAAUUCCAUAGAGCGUGAAGGAAACCAGGAGAGAGCAGUUCAGGAGUGGAUCCAACAUGGUGCAUCUGUUGGUCAUGAGGAGGGUACCAACAAGAGCACAACCCCGCAGUCUCCCAUGGAAGGAAAGGAUAAGAAAUUACUCAAGAGUAGUGGUCCAGAUACGUUCACCAGCUUCCCCACUCAAGGCAAGUUACCAGAAGCCAAUGAUCCCAGUGACCUCACAGUGACCUCCCGGGGGCUAACUGACCUGGAGAUUGGCAUGUAUGCCCUGCUCUGCGUCUUCUGUCUGGCCAUCUUGGUCUUCUUAAUCAACUGUGUGGCAUUUGCCUGGAAAUACAGACACAAAAGGUUUGCUGUGAGCGAGCAGGGCAACAUUCCCCAUUCCCACGACUGGGUCUGGCUUGGGAACGAAGUGGAACUCUUGGAGCACCCUGUUGGCAUCCCUCUCCCGUCUGAGGAGUGCACAACCAUGCUAGACAGGGGGCUGCAGUUCGAGGAGAGGAACUUCCUUCUGAACGGCAGUUCCCAGAAGACUUUCCAUAGUCCACUACUCAGACCUUCUGAUUAUGUGUAUGAGAAAGAGUUGAAAACGGAACCGGUUAACCCUCCGGGCCCUAAGAGGAAGAGAGUCAAGUUCACUUCCUACACCACCAUUCUCCCAGAGGAUGGCGGCCCCUACACCAACUCCAUCCUGUUUGACAGUGACGACAGCAUGAAGUGGGUCUGCCAAGACAUGGGGCUGGGGGCUUCCCAGGACUUGAGAGACUACAUGGAGAGACUGCAAGACCAGCUGUGAACUCCUUUCUUAUGUUUGUAUUCACCUUUAUGCCUUCUGUUUUCGGGAUGGGGGAGCAGUAAGCUAAUCAGCAAUAGGGGAGGAUUUAACAAGUUUAAUCUGUGG